CCGUACUGACCCGAAUUGGAUAGUAUAGGAUAUACCGUACCAUACCAAUUCGGUACCGGUACUCAGUAUGAAUGAUAUAUUGAUACUUGGUAUGUCGGAAAAAUUUUGUUACCAGUAGCACUGGUAUGGGUCUAGUAUUGAGAUGGCAAAUUUUGCUUGAGACACUAACAAUGGGUCUUUGAAUAGCUUUCUUGUUGCUUCUUUAUUUGAAGUCAGGUCCUUUAAAACAGUACUUCUUUUCUUAAUGUUUCCUGGGGCUCGAGGCAGGGGCUCGGACACUUUCCAAGUUUAUAGGAUCCCUAAAUCAUAUUAUUUGUGUUUUGUCAGAGCCACAAUUAACCAUUCUUUGAUACAAUGUUGUAACUCAACGGUGUUACAACAACCAACAUCCCAAACUUCGCUGCUCCUCAGUUGCUUCUCCAGUUGCAAAGAAAUGUUUCCAGAGCCAUUCCAACUGGUGAAAUACAAGAUGCUUCUUUCUAAAUGGAGAAUGUAAUUAAGUAGUGAAGUAGCUUCAGCUUUGGUUCUUGAAACAUUACUCUGCCAUUUAUAUUUCUUAAAAGUGCCAUAUAUACAACCAUCUUAACCACUUUAUUUGAACUGGAUUAAUGCACCUUCUUUGUUUUAACCAGAGAUACAAACAACUGAAAUUCACAUUCUUAACUUGCACCCACCAUUUGAGCAUCAUCGCACCUCAAAUAACUGGCAACGAAUUAUAGAUCAUUACUACUUUUACAAAAAAGAAAAUUCGAGGGAAAGAUUAGGCUCUAAUAGUCUAAUUAGAUUCAUUGAGAUAAUGGAGAAGGACCUCAAAGGACACUAUUGCACAAUUUGUAUGUCGAAGACUUAAAUUCUCUCUUCUUUUGGUAUGUUUCAUGAUGUGCAGUCUCCGCACCCGAAGCUUCGAUUGGGUGAAGAAGUUCCUAAUCAAUUAUGGCCUGGUUCGAGUGCGUGAUAAUUAUAUUAUCCUGCAGGAUUCCCUCUCUGUCUUCUGUGAUGCUCUAUGUGCAAACAUGAGAUAUGAGGUGGCCAGCACCAAUGCUGUCAAUGUAUCAACUUCACCAGAAUCAGGGUUAUGUCAAUCCAGGCCGAUAGAAGUGGAUCGCAGUCAUCCUGUUCGAACUCUCAAGACUGGAAUUGCUGCACAGAGGGAGAGAACUGGAAGCAUGCAGUUGAGGGACUUGGUUGAUUAUUUUCACCUUCCAAUAGCAGAUGCUGCUAAGGAGCUUGGCAUAUGUACUACUGCUCUUAAGAAGAUUUGUAGAAAACAUGGAAUGCCCAGAUGGCCUCAGCGAAAGAAAUGAGGCAGAUCAAAAGCAUAGAUAAGAGGAUCUCAACCCUGCAACGAGGUUUGCAUGCUGAAGCUGGCGAAGGAGCUGCGAGAACUCAAGUUGAGAUUGAGAGGCUCAAAGUUGAGAAGGCACGGAUUUGUGCUGGUCUACCACCAUAGGUUGGCAUGGGGAAACAUCACGUAUCCAAAUCAUGGAGGUUGUAAAGACUUUGUCACUUUGGCAAUUGCUACGAUGGAAGUGAUAUUGUCUACAGAUUCUUUGACAUGAUUAUUAAAUCUGUGAAAUAAAGAUAAAGAAGCGGUGCUCUGUUUUUUUUUUUU